AUCCAGAACGUAACAUUACAAAGCUUGGAAAUCUUGACAGGAUAUGAAAUGAGGUGCCUCAAUAGUAAAAGACUCACGCAAUAUGUCAAAGUACGACAAAUAUAAUGUUGCUGUAAAUAAUUGUCACAUGUUUCCUAUUUUGAAACCUCGCUAAAGGGUAUGAAACGUCAGAUCGGGUAAAAUACUUCAAAAUAUUGCAAAAUCCUUUGUAAAAUGAAAUACAUUGGACAGUCUCCCAUACAUCAGAGGGCGCUAUAACUUCUCAUGGACACGCUUUCUUACUUGGCCUCCGUUUUUUAUUUUGAACACGAAACCGCCGCCGUUGUCCUGGUACUGAAGACAACAACUGUGAAAUCGUAGCGAAUUAAAGAAGCUGUUAUUUGACUGAUAUCUGACAUGUGGAUCUGUCUAUCCAGAAAUGGAUUAUCUAAACUUUUCAGAGGAGGAGAUCCAACAGCAAUUGGCUGCGCUUGGAUACAGUAGUAUUCCCAAACAAAGACUGCGGGAAUUCAAGCGAGAUCUAGAUCAGCUGAUUCGUCAUGAAAAGUCAAAGAGUCACAACUCCAGUGAGUGGACUUCCCCAACAUCUCACAGCAGCUCUAGCAAAAGUCCGCCUGCGCUGUUUAAAGAAAAAGUUCAGCUUGGGACUGACCAUAACUACGUUUUUUAUGACACCAGCUCAGCAGGACAACAGAGAGAGAUUUUCACCUCUACAUUUAAUGAGGACGAUUAUAGAGAAUCUGGUAUGAAUAACUACUAUGAUUCGUAUCUGCGGCACUCUGUAGCUCACAGACCUGCCCGUCCCUCCACGGCACCCAACAGGCUGGAGACUGAGGAAAGGCCCUCUGAAAUCUUUCACUCCAUUUUGGAUACUAGUGAGAUGACAAGUCUUGACAGAGACAAUCAGGCUCGUUCAAAGCCUGUGAUUAAAAGGAAAGUGCUAAGAAAGCAUCAAGGGCAGUCUCAUGUCUGUGAUGAGUCUACACACAGUGAAGACUCUGGUGCAGUUAGUGAGCUGGAGGAACAAUUGGACCAGAUGAGGAUUGGUGCACAACAUGUAAAAUAUGACUCUGAGAGUGAAGAAACGGGUAGUUACAGUGACAGAUCCAGCUCCGCAACAGAGGACCUGCCAAGUGCUUUCCGAGAAUACAUGAAAGGCAUGAAAAGAUCACACAGUGAGAGUGAUAUCCAAACUCGUCCAAAGUCAUUUAUACGGCCAGUUUUUGAUCAUCCUCACACAAGGAACUUAAAGAAAUCUGAUCCAGUGGCUAAGUAUUUCCAGUAUAAGCAGGAGUGGGAGAUGUUUAAACCUCCAGGAGAAAAGAGCAGGAAGGAGCUGCACUGGGCCAUCAGGGAGCAACUUCUGUAUCAGCCACCACCACAGAGACCUCCGAAGAAGUACAUCCCCAACAAUUAUGUCGUUCCAACAGAGAAGAAACGAUCUGCGCUAAGAUGGGAGAUCCGACAUGAUUUAGCACAUGGCAUUAUUCCACCAAAAAUCUCCUACCCCUGACCAAGCAUGUGCCACUUGUGCCUUGUCUUUUAUAUACACUUUAAAUGCUAUUAUUUAUGAUAUUAAACAAGUUUUUUUUACACUGUGCAUGGUGUUUGAAAUGAGAGAUCCAGAUCAUUGUUUUUAUGAAAUAAACAUUUAUUUAUUG